GACGAGGAGCCGCAAACAAACGUCUGCCGAGCUGCGAGGACGAGGAGGCUUCGUUCGACCGUACGAGACAAGUCUUUGGCCGCCUCAUAUCCUCCGUCUGUGUUGACAUGAGAGUGGCCGAGUGACUGAAUUCCGACCAAAACCGGUGUCGCAGAGGAUUCGCGAGUGCUUUGUGAGUGUUGAAAGAGAGGAAGUUCGUGCAACACCGAGCAAAAACACGAAGGAAUUUUUCCCACACACAAAGAAGUUCAUAGUGAAGAAGAAGAAGUUUGCAGGAAUUUUGAAACUCCAGCUGGUGCGAAGCAAAGGACCGUCGGCUUAAAGAUUUACCCAUGUUACAUCAAACUCAACUUACAAGAGCAUCAGGCCCGCAAAUAACCACCCGAUAAAUUUCGCCCGAGCAGCUUUUGCAAUUUCCUCUUCCUCUUGUUUGUUUUGGGUAAUCAUCGAAUCGACGCACCAUAUCGGAGAACGCUCGCGUUUCAGAUUCGGCCGCCCGAUUGAUGGAAUCCGCCAAGUUGAUUGGAGUCGAACUCAGCCGACGCAGUUAGCUAUGACCUCGCAACAAAUGGAUUAAAAACGGAGGCAGAAGAUGGACCACAGCGUGAAGGCGAUGCCGCCGGCGUCGUCGCGCCACCCCUUCAGGGCGCUGAUCAGGUUCCUCAACAGGCACCGCUUCGAGAACGACGAACUCGAGGGACUCUACCAGCGAUAUGUGUUCAAACUGCAGCACUCGUCGGUCACGGCCGUGGUCGGACUGUUUGCAGUGCUCGCCAUCGCACUCGCCGCCCUCGGAUUCACCUACGCACACGGCGCCACCCUCCAGUCCGUGUACCACGUUGCGCACGGUUUGCUGUUCUCGGCGUUGCUGUUGCUGCUGCACACGCGACUGAUGCACGACUCGCACCUGCUGUGGGCCUGCUACGUCAUCCUCUUCCUGUGCACCACUUUCUGCGGGGUGGCGUUGCCCCUGGGGCCGCCGGCCACCAUGGCCGUCGCGGGCACUACCGACUACGCGUUGCAGUUUGAAACGAGGCGUGUGGCCGCUGAAGGCGUUUGGCAGGUCGUGUUUGUGACGUUCGUCGCCUAUGCCAUGCUACCGCUGCGGACGUAUGUGGCUGCCGUGUUCAGCUUCCUGCUCGCUGCCACCCACAUCACCUUGACUGUCAUCUUCGCCAAAGACUUCCCGUGGCUAAUCUGGCAGCAGCUUACAGCAAAUGCGAUGGUCUUCCUGUGCGUCAACACUGUCGGCAUUUUCGUGCACAACUUGAUGGAGCACGCCCAGCGCAAGGUUUUCCUCGACACCCGAAAUUGCAUCGCGGCGCGACUCGAGAUGGAGGACGAAAACGAAAAGCUGGAACGGCUGCUCCUAUCCGUGCUUCCACAACACGUUGCCAUGGAAAUGAAAGAGGACAUAAUCUCGCCGGUCGAGGGACAGUUCCACAAAAUCUACAUCCAGAAGCACGAAAACGUCAGCAUCUUGUUCGCCGACAUCGUGGGCUUCACGGUCCUGGCGUCGCAGUGCACGGCUCAGGAAUUGGUGCGUUUGCUCAACGAGCUCUUCGGCAGAUUCGACCAGCUUGCCAGCGAUAAUCACUGCCUGCGGAUUAAAAUCCUGGGCGACUGUUACUACUGCGUCUCCGGAUUGCCAGAGCCUCGUUCCGACCACGCCCACUGUUGCGUCGAGAUGGGACUGGAUAUGAUUGACGCUAUUGCUUCGGUGGUGGAAGCGACAGACGUUCAGCUCAACAUGCGAGUGGGAAUUCACUCUGGCCGCGUCCUCUGCGGCGUGCUCGGCCUGAAGAAGUGGCAGUACGACGUGUGGUCCAACGACGUCACUUUGGCCAACAACAUGGAGGCCGGCGGAGAACCAGGGCGAGUUCACGUGACGCAGGCGACUCUGGACUACUUGGGCGGCGAGUACGAAGUGGAGCCAGGCUACGGAUCGACCAGAAACAAUUAUCUCAGGGACAACAGCGUCACCACAUACUUCAUCGUGCCGCCACCGCGCAGGAGAAAGAUCCGACCUGUGGUGACUGGAGUCAACAAACGAAAGCUGUCCUUCAGGAAUGUGUCCAACGUGGUUGUUCAGUUGCUGCACUCAAUCAAGUACUCCAUGGAAGUGCCAUUUUCCAACAUGGCCGUCGCUCCCGGCGGAAGUGCAGACAAGAUGCACGCAGCCAAGAAGGUGCUGGAUUUACAGAGGGUGCUCCACGCUGACCCGGCUACAUCCGGAGGGAGAUCGUUCGGAUCCGAAUCACUUGACCUGAGGGACAUUGCUGGAAAGAACAAAUCCGGUGACAAGUUCAAGCGUCCGUUCAAAAAGCGUCACUCGAGCGUCUACCAUCAGCCGUCAAACCGAGUCAAUAAGUACCUGGCGCAGGCCAUUGAAGCGCGCAGUGUGGACCGGGAAAAAGCAAACCAUGUGACGCUGACGACCCUCUGCUUCCGAGACCAUAACAAAGAGAGCCAGUAUCACGAAGACGCAGACGUUGGAUUUGGAAGCUCCCUUACGUGUUGCCUCUUAUUGCUGACCAUGCUCGGCGCGAUGCAGAGCGUCGUGCUGCCCAGGACUACAAUUCUCUUGGUGCUUUUCCUCACUGCCUUUGCGUGGGUGGCCGUUGUGCUGAUGCUGCUUCUGGCCGUCCGCUUGCGCAUCAUCCUUUGGGACAUUUCGCAGAGUUUUGUUCUUCGACUCGCCAUCACCGCCUUCACAAUCAUCCUCAUCUAUGCUGUAGGACAAGUCAAUGUGUUCACUUGCCGGAUCGACGCGCCGUGCACCCCUCUAGCAACAAACGGCUCCGCACCGCAGUGGCCGCAUGUGGGCGACCACCGCGCGUGUUCCCUUCCCCAAUACGUGGUGCUCUCCUGUUCCCUCGGCUACCUGGCUGUGGCCGUUUUCCUGCGUCUGCCCAUCGCCAUCAAGGCCGCCCUGCUCACUCUGAUGGCCAUCGUCUACAUUCUGCUGAUUGAACUUUCGCACAUUCAACUUUUUGAAUGCUUCGACCACCGAGUCCACUCCAUUGUGCCGCAACACGUGCUGGCGGUGGUCUACGUCGUCAUGUUUUCGGUGGCCGUUUUGAUUCACGGCCGCCAAGUCGAGUGGACGGCCAGACUGGAUUUCCUCUGGCAAAUGCAGGCCAACGAGGAAAAAAGGGACAUGGACGCGCUCCAGCACAGCAAUAAGCGGAUCCUGUUCAAUCUGUUGCCAGCUCAUGUCGCCACUCACUUUUUGGACAACCAGUUUAGAAACAACAUGAACACUUUGUCGCAGGACCUGUACCACCAAAGCUACUCGAGGGUCGGCGUCGUUUUUGCCUCCAUCAACAACUUCAGCGAGUUCUACUCGGAGCUGGAUGGAAACAACCAGGGCGUGGAAUGCUUGCGACUUCUGAACGAGAUUAUUGCAGACUUUGAUGAGUUAUUAACAGAGGACCGAUUCAGAGCAAUUGACAAGAUCAAAACUGUCGGAUCGACUUACAUGGCUGCGGUUGGACUGAUUCCUGAGCUCAAAAUUCUGGAUGACGAUAAUGAAGCCACUGCUGGAUUUUAUCUGGGGACUUUGAUCGAGUUUGUCUUCGCCAUGAGGGAAAAGUUGCUCAACAUUAAUGAGAAUUCGUACAACAAUUUCAUGCUGAGAGUUGGCAUCAAUAUUGGACCAGUUGUCGCCGGAGUCAUUGGUGCUCGAAAGCCGCAAUAUGACAUCUGGGGCAACACAGUGAACGUAGCUAGCAGAAUGGACUCGACAGGCUUGCCAAAUCACACACAAGUGACGGAAGAGGUUUACCAAGUCAUGAAGCACUAUCCCUACGAGUUCCAAUGCAGAGGAAAAGUGAAAGUGAAAGGCAAGGGUGACAUGACUACCUACUUCCUAACUGAUCGCAAGCAACAAGGCACAAUAAGGGUGGAAGAGCUUUCUAGCCUCAGGCACAACUCGAACACGUCGAACAACAUGUACGGAGGGGUGGCCACCCCGUUGGCCCUUGUCCAUCAGCAGGGCCCAGGAGACAUUCGCAACGGGCGCCGAGCCCUCGGCCUGUCUCUGAACCGCGACGACUCGUACCCCAUGCGAACCGGACCCAGACUUCCACCCCUUCGAGAAGGUGAUGGUGCCAACCACAAUGGCACUGGGGGUGGAAGUAUGGGCGCCGCUGCGGGGGAAAACGAACCCCUGCUGCCCAGCAACGGGCUCUCCAACCACCACAAAAUCGUCCCGGCCCAAAAAAUGAACCCCCUCCGCCUACCCGAACUGAACGGACACAACUACCCCUCGGCAGGCAGACACCACAACGUGCAAUUAGUACAAAACUCCUCCACCGCCCUGCAACCCUCCCUUCUGCCGGCCGCCGAGGCCAGAUACACCCCGCCCUGGCCAAGAGGCGCCAACUCGAAUGAAAAACCUCCCUACUUGAAACCACUGCCCAAACUGCCACCCAAAGAACACCGAGUCAAGCCCUCGCACCACCCCAACUCGGCCGCGCCACCCCUCCCCGUCCGCCAACACCAACCCCUACCCAUGGUGCCUCCACUCGCCCCGAAGGAACGCAAAGGAGGCCCCGACGAAGUUCGCAGCAGCCGCCUGAGGAACCUCCAGAGGCACUACUCGGAAGAGAGUCUGGCCGAUCCGCACCACCAGCUGCUGCGCAUCCACAGCUCAGCCGACGAAAUCAGCUCACUGAACCACUCGCCGAGCAUCAGUUCGUCGGACGAGAGCUACAGCCGGACGACUGAUGCGGCCGACUCGCCUUCGCCGCCCCCGGCCAGCGCCGAAAUCAACACCGCCCGCUGGCUGUACCCCUCGGACAUCCAGGUCGACCCCUCCUCCCUGGAGAACUCGCCCCGAACCUCCCACGACUACAUCCCUCACUGCUACCUGCCAGGCAGUCUGACCAAAAACGGCAAGUCGCCCGAAGGCGCCUCCGGAGGCUCUCUGGGCAAAAACCGCAGCUUCUCCCCCAAGCAGCUGCGACGACCGUCCCCCACCAGUUCAAAACCGCCCGCCGUGGUCGACCUUCUGCCCAUGUUCAUCGACUCCUCGGCUUCGGUUGUGUCAAGUCCUCUGCCUCCCCACUUGGAUGGUGACGAAUCCUACAAGGGGGACAGUUGCGGCAGUUUUGAGUACGUCGGACGUCCGAGGUCUCUGGCGCAGCCCAAGCAGCGACCCAACAUUGUGACCAACGCCAACACCAGGAAGACCAGUUUGGAAAAGGCGAAAAUGCCCUCGCCGUUGACGUCAGUUCCGGAAAAAUUGCCAUCAACACCAGAAGGGUCGAUGACCCGGCGGGGCAGCGGGGAGGAAUCGAGCAGAGGAACCACCCUGAGUUUGAAGAAGGACGGCUCGAGCCAGACCGAGAAGUCUAUCGUGAGGAAGGUGUCGCCGAAAAUUCCCAAUUUCGAAAAGGAAAUCCAAAAACUGUUGGACGAAAAUCAAAAGGUGCUUUCGCCGACGUCGGCCAAAACGGUGCCGCCGAGGAACAAGAAGGAGAUGUCGCUGGAAGAGCUGCAGAAUGUGAACCAAGUGUUGGCCGAACUCGGACAAGCCAGCCUGCAGAGCCACCUCAUCGCCAGGUACGUCCACCUUAAGCAGCAGCAGCAGCCGGCGGCGGUGCCAGCGAUGCAGCGCGACCACCUGAACAACAACCCAUCGGCGACGACCACCACUCAGGUGGGCUUGGCCGCCCUGCAGGAGUUGGCCAAGCGGCAGCAGGACGAGCUGAACACGAACCUGCUGGAGCGGGCGGGCGCCAUUGUUAGAUUUGACCCGUUAGAGAAUAAGAUGACCUUGCACGUGGCCGGCGAGGCCAAAAAUUCACUGCCCAUUAGGGACAGGGACGGCUCGCUCAAGAGGGCGAGGCUCGAGGCGCAGCAGCAGGCGCAGAAGCUGCAGAAAAAAUUCCCACUCGAGAUCCCGACGGAGCAGUCGAGCUUGCCGGACGAGCUGCGGCUCCGCGCCAAGUUCCUCAGCAGCAGCCCCGCGCCGGCGUCUGCGAAGGAGAGCGAGUAUGAAAAUAUGGAAAGUGACGUGCCUGAUCAGCAAAGUGAUGAUGAGGCCAAAAGGAAGACUGAGCAGGAGGUUUCGAAAAAAGAGCCGGAGAAGAUCCUCGAUCGGCAGCAGCGCGAAGUGGACGAUGAGGAAAGGCGCGAACAAGAGGAAAUCGCAAGUUUCGAGGAAGAAGAACGAAUGAUUGCCGAGCAGGUGGCCAAGCCAUUUUUGAGAUAUCAGGAGGCUGAAGAAGCAGAGGCGGCAGCAAAACUUGCAGCCGAGGCCACUUCAAAGUCUGAACAAGGUGAACAGUCAGAAUGGAGCGAAGACGAUGACGAAGAAAACGCAGCGUCCGAACCUUUACUCAACGACCGUGAAUCGACCGGAUACACAACUGAUGAUGGUAUGCUCGAAAACGUCUCCAUGCUCAAUGAGGCUGGACUCACUGAUGCAGAAGGUGCUUUGAGCGACGUGAACUCAGUCUUCGAUGACCACCGACUUGUAGAUAACGACUUAGACGACGCGAGCAUUUCAUCACGCGCCUCGUCUCGGCUCUUCGACUCUGACGCCGUGCUCAGCCUGGACUCGCUUAACACGAUGUUUGACUCCGAAUAUGACAACUUCCGAGGCGCAGGUGGCGGCGGCGGCGGCGGAGGAGGAGGCGUCGUUUCCGACGACGAGAUGUUCCACCACGAGACCAUCUCCGACCUGGACCUGGACUACUUUGAGGACAUCAACCUGGCCAACAUUCGGUCCAUGUCCGAAAGCAUCACAAGAAACUUUGGCCAGCCGUGCAGCGAGACCGACCCUGACAGUGACGUGUGAUAAAAUCAAAAUUAAAACUUAGUGCAAGAAAAGAGACUGACAAGCGGAAUUUUCGAUGAAUGUGACACGGGUUUUUAACAAAAGAGACUCUCUAGAACGAGCAGAGCAGAUUAAGUGUUGUAAAAAAUGUAUGUGUUAUUUAAAACCAAAUCCUGCGAGUUUUUGGAUUUGACGAUUUUAAUUUAUUGACGUGCUCUCCGGUGGCUUUCACUUUUUUUUAUCAAUUUUAUUUCCAAACCUGGAUUUUUUUACAUGCACAAAAAGUAAAGAGAAAUCAGAUCCGAGUCUUCAAAGCACAAAAACUCUGAAUCAGCAAAAGGCAGAUGAUUCCGUAUGCCUCUGUGAUAUUAAUUCUUGUGCAAACUUGACGUACCACUCUAUAUUCUACAAACUAGUCAGUUUUCCAAAUUAUGCCGAUCCGUUUUAAAACCACAGUAAAAAAAUUAAUAAUACUCAAUUUGCUUGGUUGGACUAUUUUUAUCCGAGUUGCAUUAUAAUUAUGGUUUGCCGGAGAGACCCAAGAAAUUAUAGAGUUUAAAUUUAAAAAUUAAUUUAAAAAAACAAAGCAAUAAAAAUUUCACAAUAAC